UUACCCCCUCCUCUUUCCUUAACUUUGUUGUUGUUGGGGGAAAACGUUUUGGUUAAUUGUGUGAAUGUAUGCGUGUGCGUGGUUUUUACCCCUUAAACAAAAGGGAGAAGAAGGAAACAUUUUUUGCUGUGAGGCUGAGCGGCGAGGAGGACUCAGAGUGUAAACUCCUUUUAAAACGAUCAUUGUCUGGCUUAAGCAUACCACAGUUACACAGCGCGAUCGUGUCCACCCCCACCUCCACUCCAGGGUAGCUAGCUAGCUGCCCCUCUUCUAUAGUUUGUUUGGUGGGACAGAAAAGGAGCUGGCGAAAUGGCGGAAACCAAAAUAAUAUACCACAUCGACGAGGAAGAGACACCGUACUUGGUCAAGAUUCCCAUACCCGCCGAAAAAAUUACCUUGCUGGACUUCAAACAGGUCUUGAACAAGCCUAAUUAUAAAUUCUUCUUCAAAUCCAUGGAUCAGGAUUUCGGGGUGGUGAAGGAGGAGAUUUCCGAUGACGGCGCCAAGCUACCCUGCUUCAACGGAAGAGUGGUGUCAUGGCUGGUUUCCUCAGACACCCCCAGCACAGAGCCACCAGCUCCCCCGGUGGAGGUUCGGGCUCAGCCCUCGCCCCCACCUCCGCCCCUACCCCCUCCUCCAGCCGAAAGGACCGGAGGCAUCGGAGACUCGAGACCGCCCUCCUUCCACCCCAACGCAGCCGGGAGUGCGGAGACCCUGGAUGACCGCACGGAGACUGAGUCGGUGGUGUCCUUCAGGAGAGAGAGGCCACGUCACCGGGAGUCCCUGGAUCACGGGCCGCGGAUGAACGGCCAGAGCCGCAUGGAGCGCCACCUGGCGGGGUACGAGAGCGCCACUACUGUCAUGAGCAGCGAACUGGACACCACCAGCUUCUGCGACUCGGACGAGGAUGACACCAUGAGCCGGUUCAGCAGCUCCACGGAGCAGAGCACAGCCUCCCGCCUCCUGAAACGCCACCGCAGACGGAGGAAACAGCGCCCCCCAAGACUGGAGCGGGCAUCCUCCUUCAGCAGCGUGACUGACUCCACCAUGUCCCUCAACAUCAUCACCGUCACGCUCAACAUGGAGAAGUACAACUUCCUGGGCAUCAGCAUCGUGGGGCAGAGCAACGAGAGGGGCGACGGGGGCAUCUACAUCGGCUCCAUCAUGAAGGGCGGGGCCGUGGCAGCCGACGGGCGGAUCGAACCCGGGGACAUGCUGCUGCAGGUGAACGACAUCAACUUUGAGAACAUGAGCAACGACGACGCGGUGCGGGUGUUGAGGGAGAUUGUUCACAAACCGGGACCCAUCAUCCUCACGGUAGCUAAGUGCUGGGACCCCUCCCCUCAGGGCUACUUCACCCUCCCACGCAACGAGCCCAUUCGGCCGAUCGACCCGGCGGCGUGGGUCAGUCACUCGGUGGCGCUCACGGGGGCAUACCCCCCGUACCCUGGCAGCUCCUCCCUCAGCACCAUCACUUCCAGCUCCUCCGUCACCGAAACAGAACGCUUUGACGACUUCAACCUGUCCCUGCACUCGGACAUGGCCUCGGUGGCCAAAGCCAUGGCGUCCCCGGAGUCCGGCCUGGAGGUCAGGGACCGCAUGUGGCUGAAGAUCACCAUCCCCAACGCCUUCUUGGGCUCAGACGUGGUUGAGUGGCUGUACCACCACAUCGAGGGCUUCCAGGACCGGCGGGAGGCGCGCAAGUAUGCCAGCAACCUGCUGAAGGCCGGCUUCAUCCGCCACACCGUCAACAAGAUCACCUUCUCUGAGCAGUGCUACUACAUCUUCGGGGACUUCAGCGACUGUGAGAACUACAUGGCCAACCUCUCCCUGAAUGACAAUGACGGGUCCAGCGGGGCCUCAGACCAGGACACGCUGGCACCCCUGCCCCUCCCCGGGGCAACCCCGUGGCCUCUGUUGCACUCCUUCCCCUACCAGUACCCCCACCCUUACUCCAGCCAGCCGCCCCCCUACCACGAGCUGUCCAGCUACAGCUACGCGCCCGGCAGCACAGGCAGCCAGCACAGUGAAGGGAGUCGGAGCAGCGGCUCAACACGAAGCGAGGGGGAGAGGCGGCGUGGGGGUAAAGGGGGAGGGGCCAGCAGCACGGGGGGAGGGGCCAGGGACGAGAAGUCCCCCGGGGGAGGGGGCGGGGCUGACUCACGCUCGGGCAGCGGCAGCGAGUCCGAGUACUCGACCCGCAGCAGCCUGCGGCGGGACCACGGCUCAGCCACGCCCAGCGAGCACAGCCACCUCAGCCAGCGCUCACACCACCGCGCCCCGCCCCCGCACCUCGCGCCCUACCCCCCCGGCAUCCCCCUGCCCUACAACCCCAUGAUGGUCAUGAUGGUCCCCCAGCACCCUCACCCGGCGCUGGGGCCCGCCCACCCGCAGCACCCCGCCGGCCCCGCCCUCCCCUCCCUGCCCCCUGCCAGCACCCCAGGGGGCCCCCCCGGGGCACCCCCGACCCGCGACCUAGGCUCCGUGCCCCCUGAGCUCACCGCCUCCCGCCAGUCCUUCCACCUGGCCAUGGGCAACCCCAGCGAGUUCUUUGUGGACGUCAUGUAGCGACAGGAAGUAGAAACUUCUGAAUGUGUAUGUGUGCG